AUGGUCGUCUCCAAGCUGCUGAGGGCAGUAGACUCGGUCCUGGCCGAUGCUGGGAUUGUAAAUCAUUUAGAUCCGCAUUCGUUGGUAUUAGAUGGCCCUAGAGAGAUCAAUGAAGUCUUGGUCCGGCAUUGGGGUGGUGAUAUCUUGGAUGAAAUGGCAAUUAUCACAAAGAGCAUUAUCCGUGGCUUUUAUGGGAAACCACCAGAGUAUUCAUAUUUCAAUAGCUGCGCUCAAGGGGGUCGCCAAGGCUUCGAGUUGGCCAAAAAUUAUCCUACUGGUAUCGCAGCCUCAGCGCCAGCAAUUCACUGGGCUCAGUGGGCUCCCGCUAUGCAUUGGCCGCAGAUUCUAACGAAUAUCACGGGCGAGUAUCCGCAUGGCCGUGAGCUAGAUCUCCUUACCACCCUCGCGGUACAGGAAUGCGACGGUCGCGACGGAGUAGUAGACGACAUUAUAUUAAACCCUAAAGCAUGCGCAUUCGAUCCUUUCCUGUAUAUCGGGAGAAAUUUCACCUGCCUGUCGGAGCAUGAAUCUAUGAAGCUGAGCAGAGCUGCUGCAGUCAUUGCAAAUGCUAGUUGGGCCGGUCCAACUGACUCUCAUGGGAACUUCAUUUGGUACGGGCUCAACCACGGCACCGACCUCAGUGGCAGUGUAACUGGCACCGGCAUUGCAGCCAAAAUUCAACUGUUUGUUAAAAAGGAUCCGAAUUACGACUACGCUGCUAUACCCCAACAGGACUACGAGGAAAUAAUGCGCAAGUCGGGAUCUGAAUACGAUCCUAUUGUUGCAAGUAGCAAUCCAGAUCUUACUAAGUUCUAUAAAGCUGGCAAGAAAAUAAUGACAUAUCAUGGACUGUUUAUACAGUAUGACCAAGUCAUACCGAUACAGGCCACCGAGCGGUACUGUGACAAUAUAAAGGAAUUUAUGCUUGAAGCCCAAGAGUUCUAUCGUUUUUACGAGGUACCUGGGCUUCCUCAUUACUUUGGCAACGGACAGCCGGCGACUGUCUUCGAUGUUCUAUGAGCAUGGGUGGAGAAUGGAACGGUACCUGGUUCCUUGCACACGGUUCUAAAGGAUGCCUAUGGGAUAAAGAGGGAUCAGAUCUUGUGUCCUUAUCCCCAGAGAGCUGUCUAUGAAGAAGAGUGUGGGAACCCAACAAAUGCCUCUUUCUUCACCUGCGCUGUUGUUUAGGUGGAAAAGUUAUUUCCCACAGGGCAUGGAGUAGAUUUGCCCGGGGUGGCCGAAAUACAUAUAAGAUAAUACUGAAAAUCGUAGUUCAUAAUGUAGUAUAUCUUCCUAGGUAUAUAAAUUGCUGUGUAAAAUACUAAUC